AUGGCUAAGGCAGCUUUGGGUGGAGGCUGGAAUUUUUGUCUCCGUUUGUCCUGUGUUUUCCACUCUGAAAGAAUGUUGUGGCCUCUGUUUUUCCUGGUGACCGCUAUUCAUGCUGAACUCUGUCAACCAGAUGCAGAGAAUGCUUUUAAAGUGAGACUUAGUAUCAAAACUGCUCUGGGAGAUAAAUCAUAUGCCUGGGACACAAAUGAAGAAUAUCUCUUCAAAGCGAUGGUGGCUUUCUCCAUGAGAAAAGUUCCCAACAGAGGAGCCACAGAAAUUUCCCACGUUCUACUUUGCAAUGUAACCCAACGGGUGUCAUUCUGGUUUGUGGUUACAGAUCCUUCUAAGAACCACACCCUUCCUGCUGUAGAAGUACAGUCCGCCAUAAGAAUGAAUAGGGACCGGAUCAACAAUGCCUUCUUUUUGAAUGACCAGACUCUGGAAUUUUUAAAAAUCCCUUCCACUCUUGCACCACCCGCUGACCCAGCUGUGCCUGUCUGGAUUAUCAUAUUUGGUGUGAUAUUUUGCAUCGUCAUCGUUGCAAUCACUCUACUGAUUUUAUCAGGGAUCAGGCAGCGUAGAAGGAAGAAUAAAGGACCAUCUGAAGUAGAAGAUGCCGAAGAUAAAUGUGAAACUGUGAUCGCAAUCGAAAAUGGCAUCCCCUGUGAUGCCCUGGACACGAAGGAUGGGUGCAUGAACGAAGCCUUCAUGACUGAGGGUGAGCGGCUCACCCCUCUCUGA